GUGGAAAGGAUUUGUGGAUUCUCUAGAAGAUUGCUUUGGUCAAGACAGUGAGCACCAUGAAGUGGCUGAUCCUGGUAUUGGCUUUUCUCCACCUGUCAGAGGGCCUGGAGAGGUGAGUGUCUCAACAAUAGCAACAAAUGAGCUAAAUAUAUGACUGGAAAUUAAAUCAAGUCAUACAUUUUCAGCCAAUGUUCUUAUAAUGUUCCAUAGCAAAAUUAAACCUUCGCUUCUCGGCUUUGAGAGUUUAUCUCCCUCACACUCCCUUGCUUUUAUUGAAUGAAUGGAUGAAUAAUAAAGAAGCACAAUGGGCCAUUAGUAGCUCCCAAUAACAAAGAAUAGGAAAGCAGGUGAAGAAAGAGUGCAUAGCAGAAGGACAGAAAGGCCACCCAUGUUGCUUCUUUGUGUCUUAUGCAGAGUCAUUCUGAAGAAAGGGAAAUCCAUUCGGGAGAACAUGAAGGAGAAAGGAGUGCUGGAGGAAUUUCUGAAGAAACACCAUGCUGAUCCUGCGUUGAAAUACCACUGGAAUGAAUACAACAUUGCUUACGAACCAAUAACCAACAACUUGAAUGUGAGUAUUGCAUCAAUAUGAAUCUGUACCUCUUCUCUCCUCCUUCUCAGAGUGGUAGAGAAAAUACAUGAACUUGCACAUUGAGCUCAGCAGUUGAUAAUGCCAUCAAACAACCCAUUCCCCCUACAAUAAGAAUGAACUGAACACUCAACCGUAUGUGCUCAGAGGUGUGAAUUGGGGCUCUCUGUUUUAUGACAGCAAGACACAGAUGUUUGUCCAGUGUGCAUUAAUAAAACACACCAUAAAUGAUGUCAGAUUCUACUUUUAAUUUUGGGGGUCAUGGCUUCAUGGUAUCUUCUUUGCUUGCUGACUUGUCUGCUGAGCAUUCCAUGAGACACACUAAAGAUUAUGAGCCUGGGUAAAGGCUCCAGAGAAGAGAUAUAUGCAUCUUUGCUUGCCAUGUUCAUCCCAACAAAGGCAGAUGCAUUUUCGUGUUUUGUAUCUUCAGUAGAGGAAAGUGCUGUAGUGAAAACAUCCACCUUCAAGUCCUUUCUCUGGAUGUUGGCAGUUAGAGAAGAGGAUUAGGGAUUAUGAUUCUAGCAUCUUGCAUAACCCUCCUGUUUGCUUUGCUGUAUGCUCUUGGAGAGUAGUGUAGUUUACCUUCUCUGUGGGAUGCAUUGCUAAACUGAAGUCUUCAUGAUCUAAAUAGCCCCUUUGAGAUCAUUGGUAGCAAAUUAUUAGCAAGGUGGUGAAAUGAUAAGAGCAUUAAAAGAUGUGGUGAAAUUCCUUUAUUCCACCUCAUUCAAGCUUUCUCCAUUGGCAGUCUUUCUACUUUGGAGAGAUCAGUAUUGGAACUCCACCCCAGAACUUCCUGGUUCUCAUGGACACAGGUUCUUCCAAUCUCUGGGUACCUUCUGUGUAUUGUAAUACUGCAGCCUGUGGUGAGUACUCUACACAGUUGCUGAAAGUGGCUGUUUGUCUUCAAGAAAGCACUUCAUUUUGUUUAGAAAUAAUCUUACUGCAAACCUUAUUUGCAGCUUCCAAACCUGGAAUAUCAUUAUAAUAUAUUGACGGACAACCCUAAGAUUCUCCUCCCUCCCCUGUUUCUGGGCACAAGCCCGUCUUUCUCUGAGUUCAAAUUCUUUAUUUUUUCUCAACAUAUCAUGAGAUAUGAUACUAGAGCUCAUUUGAAGCAUUGUGUGUGCACAGUGUGGGUUAGAAACAGCAAAUGGUGUUGUGAUGGCCAGAUACCAUGAUGCUACUCAGCUAAGAAGUGCUGGAGGAAUAGUCAAUGCAAGCAGAUCUUAUGAAAGCAAUAGCAUAUUGCAUUAAUCAAGACGGGCAAAUCUGUCAGUUUCAGCUUUUCAUUUUUUCCAGUCUUAUGUUCAGUUUGUCACAUUACUGCAUUGGUUUGCAAAUCUUCUUUUAAAAAGUCCUCACAGAAAUGCACAUAUAUUUUAGUGCGCAUUUCUCCCAAUAUACACAAUUUUGUAAGCCAUUUUGUCUAAUAUACACAUUUUCUGUAAGCAAUUUUCCCUAAUAUAUACUAGCCACAACAGUUAUUUUCUACCUUCUCUGUCAGAGUCAGCAUGACUCAGAAUACUGGCUCCUGGGAAUCACAGGUGAGAAGAGAAAACUGUUUGCACUCACAUCCUGCUUACUGGCUUCCAAUAGGCAUCUGAUUGACCAUCAUGACAACAGAAUUCUGACUUAGAUGGGCCAUUACCAUGAUCCAGCGGCUCUUCUUAUAUUCUUAUAUAACGCAUUUUAGUAUAUUAUUUUCAUUCAUAUCAUACAUUUUUAUGUACAAAUGUUCUAGCGAUGAAGAUACAUUAUGAAGCUGUCCUCAAACCAUGUUAAAAUGGUGCAGGGCCCUAAUUUUGACCAACAAUGGGGACCUUCUGAGGUAAAUGCAGUACAAUGUUUGUAUAUUUUUUGUGAGAAGUGCCCCUUUCCUGUUGCCUCCUUUUUAGCCUCUUCACUAUGUGUGCAUAUAAGAGUUCAUGGGUGAUAGGCUGGGUCUGUAGCAAAGUCAGAUCUGUUGUAAACUGAAUCUUGCAUGCUAAUGGGCAGCUUUCACUGCCUCAUAGAGAUAGAUUUGUACUCUGUGUUUCUUUUUUAUUCUAGGUAACCACCAUAGGUUCAACCCCAGUGCAUCUUCCACUUACUCCAACAAUGGACAGACCUAUACACUAUCCUAUGGGAGUGGUAGCUUAACUGUCAUGCUAGGCUAUGAUACAGUGCAGGUAAGUGAACUUUGCACUGUGAGUCACUCAUCCUUAAGUGUGCCACAUUCUGGGAAUAUUCAAACUAAGGUAAAGCUAAUAAUUCUGGGAAUCCAGUUACCAAUGGCAGGAAUCCUUUGCAGUAUAAGAAUGCAUCCUGUUCUGAACUCAGCAUCGAAAUCUGAAUUUAACAAGUGCAAAAAACUAAGUUCCUAAGGCACAGCAGUGAUUGGUGGUACCCACUGAGAUCCAGUUUUGCUGAGAUUGACACCAGACCACAUUUUGAAGAAUCCACUCCACUGGGACUCAUUGUCUCUUCGUGUAGCAUUAUUCCUAAAAUGUUGAGUAUUGCCUGCCAGUUAUCACGAUUCACGUUGCAAGUGAACCUCACUGAUUCCUUCUCUCCAGGUCCAGAACAUUGUCGUUCAAAACCAGGAGUUUGGCUUGAGUCAAAAUGAGCCUUCCAGUCCUUUCUACUAUGCCAGUUUUGAUGGGAUUUUAGGCAUGGGCUAUCCCGGCUUAGCUGUAGCAGGUCCCACCAUUAUGCAGCAGAUGCUAAGACAAGGGCAGCUUUCUGAACCCAUCUUCAGCUUCUAUUUCUCCCGGUAAGAUCCAAAACCUGAUAUUUUUGUCAGGGGUAUGUGCAAGAAGAAUUAAUCUAGGAUAAAUAAAAUACUCCUACAUGGUUCCAUCCUUACAGUAACAAAACACAGUUGAGAAUGAGCGUAUGAGCAAUUGAUGCAAAUUAAGCUUUCUGUUAGCCCCUUGACCCUUCUUAAUCAACCUUCCCUUUUAAUAUCAUCACUGGAGUGAUGAAAGGAUGGAUUUUCAACAGUGGAGUGAGAUCCUUGUUAAUGUGGGGCAAAUUUGUUCCUGUUCCUGAUUUGUUCUUUCCCCCUUUGACCUGCCAACUGUUUAUUGCUCUCCAUUUAUGCUUUCUCUAAUCUUCUCUAGGCUUAUUUACCUGUGGACUUAUAGAGCACCAUCAAAUUUAUAGGUAGUUAGAACUAAUCCUUGUCUUUUUUAAACCAUUUUUGUUUCCUCAGCCAACCAACUGCUCAGUAUGGAGGGGAAAUGGUUUUGGGAGGUGUAGACAAUCAGUUGUACUCUGGGCAAAUUACCUGGACGCCUGUCACCCGUGAAUAUUACUGGCAGAUUGGUAUUCAGGAGUAAGUGGCACACAUAAUUUCCAUUUUACCUAUACCUAGCUGUGCUUUCCUGCUUUAAACAUGUUCCAUUUCCAGGUGACAAAAAUGGCUUUGCCUUUCUGCAGAGUGGGGUACUUUUAUUCCUCCUGCUUACUGCUUUAGAAUACGUGUGUUGUGGGCUUGGGACUGGAAUGAAACGAUUGCAUCAAUGGAUAUUCCAGCUGGUUAUAGCAUUUAACUAAAAAUAAAAAUCCAAACAAGCAACAAUAUAUUGCAGUAUGAAUACUGAGAAAAUAUAGAUUUUCUGGAACUAAAAUGUUGCCUUGAGGAAAACAUAUAAUGUCUGCAUCUUUAUUGUGCGCACAUACUUGAAUGCAUGUAAAAUCCAGAAAGGCCAUUAACAACUUCUGUCAUAGCCAAAGAUCACUCUUUUGUGCCAGCCUCAAGAGAAGCAAUAGGGUUAAUAUCUUAGCAUGAAAAUGAUUGGGUGGAUCAGUGCACAAUCUACUCCAAUUAAUAUGUGACAAGAUGAAUCCUAUGGGGAAGCUCUGUGAACGGGAGGAAGCGUAGGUGGGAAAGACUGAAUCUCAACCAGUGAAUUUUCUGUAUAAUAUAUGUGGAAGGAGGUGGCGCGUUUUGUUUCAGUGUACAAUGCACAGCUACAGAGGUGAGUCUCUGAGAACCCAUUUGGGGCCUUAAUAUCGCUUCUUUCCUCUGCAGGUUUGCUAUUGGCAGCCAGGCUACUGGCUGGUGCAGUCAAGGCUGCCAGGCAAUCGUGGACACUGGAACAUAUCUACUUGCUGUCCCACAGCAGUACAUGGGGAAUUUCUUGCAAGCUAUAGGUGGUCAAGAAUACAAUGGUGAGGUGAGUAGAUGAGGUAAUUUCAGAAAGCCACACCUCAGGAGACAGUGAGCUGCUUGCAGGAAACACAAUGUGCUCAUAGAACUUUGCUAUAUGCAUCAAAAAGAACGGAAAAUAUUUUGCUUGUUUUAGCCUGUUUUCUACAGGGGACAUGACUCAACCAACCUCUGUUCUAGCAUACUCAAAUAGUUAACCUUCCCUCUUUAUUUGUUCUUUUUCAGUUUGUGGUGAACUGCAACUAUGUCCAGAACAUGCCCACCAUCACCUUUAUCAUCAACGGAUCCCAGUUUCCACUGCCUCCAUCUGCCUAUGUCACCAAUGUAUGUAUAUACCAUAUUGCUAAACAUAAUUCCCCAGAACAGUAUGCGUUUUGAACCAUGCUAUGUUUAUAAUACCUGUCUCCUUGAUCCUUGCCCAUCCUGGCUUAUAAAAGUGAGCCGGGAAGGGCUGGGCGAUGGGCUCUGUGGGGUGGUGAAUGCUUCCCUCUGUGAGGGAGCCUUCCCAGACCUGCUGAAAGAGGCAAUUAUAAAUAAUAAAAUUAUUAUUAUUAUUAUUCCAUCAUUAUCGUAUUCUGUCAUUAAACCUUAUAAAUUACCUGAUUUCUGUUUUAACAACAGAUUAAGAGUCUGGUUUUUCUAUACUAAGGGGUGGCAUUUAUUUACUCAGGAAAACUGUUGUAAUGGUGCCUUGUAUUUUUUUCUCCUAACGUUUUUUGUGGGGUCAUUUUAAUUUUAUUUUUUGAGACCAUAGACCUGACACGGAUCUAUCAUUGAUGUUAGAAUUCUUUUCUAGAUUUAUAGUUGCAGAUUGUUCCUAAAGAGAUGUUUGCUUGGACUGUAGUUGCCAAAAGGAAGAGUAUGAGUAGUACUAGCACCUAUAAAAUAGUGAAAAAGUAUCCCUCCAUUUUGUCACUUCUCCCAGAGUGGAGAUGAUGCUCACUGGGCUAGCCUCACUAUUGGCCCUGUCUGCAUUGUGGCCAGCCCUGAAUCUGGACAUGUAGAUGGUCAGAGACAUACUGGAGCAUAUCAAAUGUGGAACUCUAGUGUGUCUUUGCGAACAAGUCCUUAUUCCAGGCUUCCUUGAAAUGCUGUCUUAUUUAUUUCCUCAGCAUAGGUUUAACUUGUUUUGUUUUGUUCCACAGAAUAAUGGAUAUUGUACAAUUGAGAUUGAGGCUACGUACUUGCCUUCUCCAACUGGGGAGCCACUGUGGAUCUUGGGUGAUGUCUUCCUUAAGGAGUAUUAUUCUGUCUUUGAUAUGGCCAACAACAGGGUGGGCUUUGCACCUUCAGCCUAGAUAAAGAAAAAAAAGCCCAAUUCUUUUCUGGAUCAAUAGUGCUACUCUUUGGGAAUUCAACAGAAUCAUUCUACAUUGUUUGUAAAGGAAAUUGCAGUAUUCUUACCUUUCCACAAUUCAUCUGCUACUGCUUUUAUACUAUAAAUUCUCUUGAGAUCCAUUGCUAUGGAGAAAUAAAUACCAAUAUGCCAAAUUUCUGGCUGUCUGUUUCAAUAUUGUAUGUGUGGGUAUCUGAGGUUCAAUCUAGGAAACAAUCUAGGUGUUCCUUUUUUCUAUGUCUUGUCUCUUCAGUGACUCCUCAGGUCUUAAAAUCCUGAGUUCUGAAUCAUGAACUAAGAGUCUAUAAUGAAAUUUGAGGAACUCUAUGGCAUUGAUUCCAGUUUUGGAAAACUGAAUGGGAUCAAUUUCUCCCAAGGAGUAAAACCAACUUCAGUAAUAAAAUAUCAGCUUUAAAAUUUUGCAGGUUACUGAGAGAAACAUAAAAAACAAGCAUAGCAUAUGUCAUAAAUCUACAUAAACACAUUGAUCGUCCAAAAUGUCAUUACUUUGGCAGUCAUGAUAUUUCAUCUUUUUAGGACUACCAGGGCCGAUAAUAGUAAUCAUCUAAUAAAUGUAAUCUAGAAAAAUAAAAGCCUAAACGAAGGCAUGAUAUAAAAUAAUGAGCAGUGUCGAGAGAGUUACUAAUUAUUAUCUCAAAAUACCAGAAAUUGAUAUAAUUCAAUGAAACUGAUUGGCAGUAAGUUGAGGACAGCUAAACAGAAGCACUUUUGCACACAAUGUGCAAUUGACUUUUGGAAUUCAGUAUCACAAAAGUGUUGAUAGCCGUUAGCCCUAGAUGGAUUUUAAAGAGGAGCAGACAUAUUAAUGAAGGAUAAUCUGCCAAUGGUUAUUAGCAAUGAUAGCUUAAAUGGAGCUUCUCUUUUCAGAAACAUUAUUUCACUGAUUGGGGGACAAACAGGAGAUGAAUAUCUUCAUCAUGCCCCCACUCCAUUACAGAUGAUAGUAUGCUAGACUAGACGUACCUUUGGUCUGACCCAAGAAGACAUGUAUUUUUCUGCCUAUUAAAAAAGAAGAAACCUGUUAAGGAAAUCCUAUUUCAUAUUAGGCUAUUAUUUUCUGACACAAUGCAGAAAAGAAUCAUUAAUAAAGAUGACGGACUCCG